AUGGCCUUCUCAUCGCGUCUGGCCAUCAUCGCUGGCGGUGUAGGCGGUAUCGGCUCAGCGACAGGCAAAGUCCUCCACUCCCAAGGAGCUAAGAUAGCCCUCCUCUACGCGCCAUUCGAGGCAGAUCGAGUCAAACCAACCAUUGAAGAGACCUACGGCUCGGACGCAGAUGCCAAAGCGUACGAAUGCGACAUCACCUCCCCGGACUCAGUCGACCAAGCCUUCGCCGCCAUCGCCAAAGAUGAGAUUGCCUUUCCCAGCAUCCUCGUCAAUACUGCCGGCUAUGUGAACCUAUCCCCGCUCGAGGAGACGCCGCCAGAGGACUCCUUGAAGCAUUACAUGAUCAACCUCUACGGCCCGACUCUGACGAGCCAGGCUUUCGCCCGGAUGUACAUCGCCGCUUCGAAGCAGGCAAAACUGCAAGGUGCACCGACACCAGGCGGCAGGAUAGUGAGCCUGGCCAGUCAAGCCGGGCACGUCGCUCUGCAUCAUCACGGCGCCUACUGUGCCAGCAAAGCCGGACUCAUCGGCUUGACGAAGUGCAUGGCGUCUGAGUGGGGAUCGCACGGUAUCACAGCUAACACGAUCUCGCCUGGACCCGUGUGGACGGCACUGGGCAAGAAAGCAUGGGCUGACCAGACGGCUCGAGAAGCGUAUCAGGCUGCGGUCCCAACAGGCAAGUUCGCUGAACCUGAAGAGGUUGCCAGGAUAGUUGACUUCCUAUGUCGGGACGAGGCUUUGAAUAUUAAUGGUGCUGAUCUCAAGCUGGAUGGAGGCUAUACUGUACGAUAG